CCAAUCCCUCAAAUUCAACUUAUACCAUUACAAACCUAACACAUCCCAACCUUUUUUAUAAAUAUGGAAGCCGACUCCUUCAGGCGUGUACCCAUUGACAAUAAUAAUACUUCUAGUAACCCCUUCCUCGACUACCAAAUGAAGUGCAAUGCCACCACUCCCACCACUCCCACCGCCACAACAACGACAACCACCACCACCACCACCACCACCAGUAGUAGUCUCAAGCGAACCCUCCGAGAUCACAACUCCUCCAGUGGCACAAUGAGAUACCGUGGAGUCCGUCGCAGGCCUUGGGGCCGUUACGCAGCCGAGAUUCGAGACCCUCAAUCCAAAGAAAGAAGAUGGCUUGGAACUUUCGACACUGCUGAAGAAGCUGCACGUGCCUACGACUGCGCUGCACGCUCCAUGCGUGGCCUGAAAGCUCGCACCAAUUUCGUUUACCCUUCAUCUCCACCCGCCCCUCAUUCCCUCUCCUCCGACGAUUACUUAAUCCCUCGCUUCAAUUUCCCUCCUAAACACUCUCUCCCUCGCCUUAACUCCUCUAACUGGCCCAUUUUUUCAACUCCAAAUCGUGGGCCUGACUUCCUAUGGUCCGGUCAUGCACAGCGGAUCAACACCGCUUCUCCCACUCUCGACAUGCUUCUCCUUCGUGAUUUCCUCAAUUUCCCUUCUUCCAAUUAUAACCAUUCCUCCAAACCCUCUUAUCCUAUUAAUACCACCACCACUACUACUAAUAAUAAUAAUAAUAAUAGUAGCACUACCAAAAUAACUCCUCCUCCUCCUCCUCCUCCUCCUCCUGAAAAUUACUCCUCUGAAUUUCUCCCCAAGGACUCCCCUGAUUCCGGUUUAUUGGAAGAGGUAAUUCACGGCUUCUUUCCCAAAUCACAUGAUUCCAACAAUAUCAACAACUCUGACGAUUAUUUCAACAAUAACGACGAAAACAAGAACGCCAAUCUCAGUGGUCAUAAUUUGGACUUAUUGGAUUACCAAUUGGCCGACGAAAACUUCAACAACAACAACACCGCCUUGAUUAAUCAAGAUGCUCCCGAUCACGGCCGUCUGUUUGGCGACGCUCACAACUUGAUUCUGGAUGAUAUUUUCCAAUGUCCAGAGCUUUUAAACCCUUUUCCUUCUAAACUCCAAAACGCUUAACCUCACAUCAAUCAUCACCUAUUUC